AUGAGUGAUGACAGCGGGAAUCUCCAGAAUACCCGCCGCGCCAACGCAGAAGAUGCGGCAAAAAGGGCCGAAACACUGAUCGAACUACUGCGCUACGUCAGCGGCUGGACGAACGUGCCCCCAAAUUCACUUCUAGAAGCCCAAGCGAGUCCGGGACACGAGCGGCGGAUUCCCGGUUACCCGAUAAGCCCGAUAUGCUUCUUUGAUUCUGGACAGCAAACACCUACACUUGCGUCAUCCCCAAGUACAUCCGUGAAUCCAGCUUCCCCGGAAUUGAUAUCCGCCGAAAAACUUGAUGGAAUCAUCGGCAAAUUACUUUCCAGCACAACCCUAAGCCAAUCUGAAGCGCGCCAAUUUAUCAACGUACUGACAUCGCCAGCAUCACCAUUGCGCUACAAGCUGCAAAGAUUGACGGAACUGACGCCAUCACACUACAAACUUUUGAUAGAGCUGAACCCAAAGGUCGCUUCCGAUGUGCUUUCUUACCUUCUAAGAUCCGAUCCCGAUCGAAUAAACACGAUUAUCGGCGUUCUGAUGUCGAUGGAAUUCUCUGUACAAUGCGCCGAUGUAAUUAGGAAAAUUUACAAGACAGCCCCCUCCUUGCCCACCGCCCCCCUGGUCACAUACAUACAGCAUUUAUUUCAAAUUUGCCAAGAUUCGUCGAAACCGUCGAUGCAGAUCCGCCACGUCCGCGUUACGGCGAUGCUUGUGGCAACGUUGUUGAACGAGGGCACGAUAAAAUCCGACGACUUGUACACGGAGAUCAACGCGUUCUGUCUACAGUUUUCGUCCAACCAGGCCACGUCCACCCUCUUCCAACAGUUGAAGGCGCAACAAUCGCAGGAA